AUGCAGUUCCUUGUGGAAAGCCAAAGUGCGCACACACGCAACGCAGCGACAGUGCGCCUGUGCUGCGAGGGAUGGCUGAACAUUACGCAGCUCGACCUCAAUGAGGCAGCAAGAUCUGAGUUUGAUGCGGGACCUGCCUGGAAUUUAUUAGGAGAGCAAAAUGCGGAGUUACGAGGUGACACUGUCGCCGUGUUGAGUCGUCGCUGCGCAGUAAUGAGCGUGAUACGGAGCGAUCCAGGCUACUGUGCCGUGAAUAAUGUCUAGCGCUGCCGAGUGCUGCUGCAGAUCUUCUGACUGGGAAACUUGUUUGUCGGUUGUUUUGAUCUGAAACAAAAUGCAUCUCUUUCGGAGUCACAAUUACCAAGUGUUCCCGGACCGCUGCUCGGUGGAAAAACAGACAAUACGGGGCAUCAGCUGGACUCCACUGCCAGAGGCUCUGGAUUCAAAGGACACUAUGAAGCAGUUUCUUUCAGAUCGUGUGGUGAAGGCAGCCAGAUCGGUAUACAGUGUCGUGAUCGAGAGGAACCCUGGUCUGAUCCGAGAUAGAAAGUAUCACCUCAAAACACACAGGCAAUGUUGCUCUGGUAAGGACCUUGUUGAUUGGCUGAUGACACAAAAUGAAGGCCUCCAGUCGAGAAGUCAGGCAGUGGGGAUGUGGCAGGUCUUGGUCGAUGAAGGAAUCCUUCUUCAUGUGAAACACGAGUUGAAUUUCCUCGACAAGGACACACAGUUCUACCGCUUCCAAGACUCACAAUUUGGACUUAACCACACAACAAAUGAGAAAGAUUCAGAGGAUGAACUACAGGAAGCUCUGUCCCUGCUGUCUCAGCUUGGACCUGAUGCCCUGCUCACUAUGAUUCUACGUAAAGGCCCCAGUCAGAGGAGUCCGGAGGACUUGGAGGUCAUCUACGAGGAGCUGCUACAUGUCAAGGCUGCCGCUCAUCUCUCCUCUUCAGUGCGUAAGGAGCUGGCAGCAGUGCUGGUCUUUGAAUCGCAUGCCAAGGCCGGAACAGUCUUGUUCAGUCAAGGGGAUAAAGGCACCUCCUGGUACAUCAUCUGGAAAGGCUCUGUGAAUGUGAUCACACAUGGGAAGGGUCUUGUGACCACUCUACAUGAAGGUGAGGAUUUUGGGCAACUUGCUUUGCUGAAUGAUGCCCCUCGAGCUGCCACCAUCAUCUUGCGAGAGGACAACUGCCAUUUCCUUCGUGUUGAUAAACAGGACUUCAUACGGAUCCUCAAGGAUGUGGAGGCUAAUACGGUGCGACUGGAAGAGCACGGGAAGACUGUGCUGGUGUUGGAGAAGAGCGCAGGCUCGACUGAACAAGGAGGAGCAGGGAACAGCAGCAAGUACACAGUGAUGUCGGGAACACCUGAGAAAAUCUUGGAACACCUGCUGGAAACAAUAAAGCUGGACGCUAACGGAAAUGAUGCUAUAGAUUCCUGCGUGAGUGACUUCCUGCUCACCCACAAAGUCUUCAUGCCCUCCAGCCAGCUCUGUCCUGCGCUUCAGCAUCAUUACCAGGCCGAGCUUGCAGAGGGCUCAGAGCAGGAGAAGGCUGCCUAUGUCCUCAACAUCAAGCAGAAGGUAGUGAAGCUGGUUGGCCAGUGGGUGGCACUGUUUGGCCUUCUCCUGAAAGAAGACCCUAUUGUCUUGGACUUUUUGGAGAGGCUAAAGAAAGACGUGGCAGCCGAUUCCCGCCUGUUCAACGUGCUGAAAGAAUUCAGAGAAAGGAGGAGAACAAAAGUGUUGGAGAAUGGCUUUCAGUCACUGAGCAGGAACCACCAGUUUGAUUGGUUUUCAAACUUUGAGGAGCCCGUGGGGAGGAUACAACCAAUCAGAGCACAUGAUAAAGUGUUGUAUGAGAUCUACAGGCCAGACAACAAACCUCUCACUCUAAUGCUGCCUGUGAAUACAUCUGUACAGGAUGUAAUGUCAGCAAUAGGAAAAGCUGGUGGAGAUCAUGUCCUCGUCAAAAUGAACUCCACAGGAGAAAGAGCUCAGUUAAAGCUGGAUGCUACUGCAGUCUACACCGCCCUGGGACUCAAUGAGAGACUGUUCAUCUGCACAAGCAGCCAAGUGGAACAACUGACGCCUCUAAAGGAGCAGCAGGGUCCAGAGCGAGGAACCACCGACAUCCUUGAGCUGAUGUCUUCGAAAGACGUUGCCAGUGAACUCACCAAUUAUGACUUUGAAUUGUUCACUGCCAUGCAUGAGGUGGAGCUUGUCUACUACAUCUUUGGGCGUCAUAAAUUCCCAGGAGCCAUCACAGCUAAUCUGGAGCGGUUUGUGCGUCGCUUCAAUGAGGUGCAGUACUGGGUAGUGACUGAGCUGUGCCUGUGUGAAGACCUUGUGAAGCGGGCCAUUCUGCUCAAGAAGUUUAUCAAGAUUGCUUCAGUAUUAAAGGAGCAGAAGAAUCUCAAUUCAUUUUUUGCUGUGAUGUUUGGUUUGAGCAACAGUGCAAUUCAGAGGCUUUAUAAGACCUGGGAGAGAAUACCCAGCAAGACAAAAAGGAUUUACUGUGCUCAUGAGAGACUGAUGGAUCCUUCACGCAACCACAGGGCAUACAGAUUGGCUGUGGCUAAACUCAGUCCUCCUUACAUUCCCUUCAUGCCUCUGCUGCUGAAAGACAUGACAUUCAUCCAUGAGGGAAAUGCAAACUACAUAGACAAAUUGGUCAAUUUUGAGAAGAUGCGAAUGCUUGCCAAAACAGUGAAAAUCGUACGAGGAUGCAGAAGCCAACCUUAUGUGCCUUCAUCUCCGCAGAGGGGCCUGGCAGAUCGGAUGUUUCUGGAAGGCCCUGCUACUCGCAUAUCUACAUGUUCAGAUCACACCCUUUCACUGCGGAGUCCCACUAACAUCCGACAUUACAUCCAAAACCUGAAGGUGAUCGACAACCAGCGCAAGCUAACGCAGCUAUCAAGAACAAUUGCAUGCUAGGACAUUAGCCUGCAAAUGUGCAAGGACUGUGAAACUGAAGCAAAAAUCACAACCAGAAAAUGGGCUGUAGAUAAAGGACUAAAACUUCCAAACUCGCCUCAGUGAGAGGUGAGAUGGGCCUUUGGAGAUGUAGCACGUCAUGGAAAUUCAGUUACUUAAGGAGUUUGAACAUUCCUGGAGAAGCUUUCUGCACAGCAAAGCAUUGAGAGUGAAAAUGGGCUCCGUGCACAGUAAUGAUCUCCAAUGCUGAGCGAGUGGCUCUGACUCUGUGUCGACAGGACUUCUGGGACACUUUUUAAUCCAGCAAGCCUUACGUGACACUGGUGUAUAAACAUUUCAAGUGAUCACUUCAGAAGGUAAUGUUACAACUUGAUGUACAGUGAAGUAUUCUGUUUGGUGUCAAAAUUUAUUUUGUGAAUUUUUUUAUACCACUGUCUGUGGAAGAAUCAGUUUUGGUUCCACAAAAAGGUCAGAUGAACACAUUUGACAUUUCUGUGCCACAAACAACCACUUAAAGUUUAAGUGCACUAGUGUUAUCACAUUAAAACUAUUGUAUCAGAUCAUUUCUGGCACUAACUGACAUGCAUAAUUUCAUAUGUUUUCUAAAUAAAUUAUUUUCCCAGUAA